AUGUCAAAGAAAAGAGGUUUGAGUGCUGAAGAGAAGAAGAUCAGGAUGUUGGAGAUAUUCCAUAACAGUAAGGAUUUCUUUCAGUUAAAGGAGUUAGAGAAAAUAGCACCAAAAGAGAAGGGUAUCACAAUGCAAUCAGUAAAAGAAGUAGUCCAAAACUUAGUAGAUGAUCAUCUUGUUGACUCAGAGAAGAUUGGUACUUCCAUAUACUUUUGGUCAUUUCCUAGUAAAGCUAAGAAUGCUAAGAAGAGAAAAGUGCAGGAUUUACAAAAUGAAAUAGAUGAAUGCACAAAGAAAUUGAAAAAGACUGAAGAUCUGAUUGCAAAUGAAUCUGUUGGAAGAGAAAUCUGUGAGGAGAGGACUAAAAUUCUAUCAACAUUGGAAAAUCUUGAGACACAAGAACAGAAACUUAAAAAGGAAUUACAAAAGUACAGGGACUCCGAUCCAGAAUACAUGGCUCAGUUGAAAAAGGAAACUCAGGACUUAAAAACAGCCACAAAUAGGUGGACAGAAAACAUUUAUAUACUGAAAUCUUAUAUAAAGAACAAUUUUCAAAUGGAGAAUGAUGUUAUCGACCAGAGUUUCAACAUCCCGGCAGAUUUGGAUUAUAUUGAAACAUAA